ACUCUAAACCAAUUUCAUAGUGAAAAGACAAUUAAGCUCAAUUUGCAUACAUUGCGGUUCCUGAUCGAAACAACCAUGGGAAAUAGACAAAUUUGCAGAUUUUCCAUGCUUGUACAGUUACAAAUAUUCCCUUGCUUUGCUUCGAUUUUGGUGGUAUCAGAGUUCAGUGUGAUAAGUUCCAAGCCUUGUGCAUUUGUGGGACUCUCUCACGAGUGCACGGCGUCUGUCGCAUCUCGAAAUUGGGUUUUGGGGCGUGACAGAUUUAGUGGUAUUAGAGCUUGGGUUUGAUUAAGAUUUAGUGGUAUCAGAGCUUAGGUUAAAUUAGAUAUCUGGAGAUUUAGUGGUAUCAGAGCUUAGGUUAAAUUAGAUAUCUGGAGAUUUAGUGGUAUCAGAGCUUAGGUUUAAAUUAGAUAUCUGGAGAUUUAGUGGUAUCAGAGCUUAGGUUAAAUUAGAUAUCUGGAGAUUUAGUGGUAUCAGAGCUUAGGUUGAAAUUAAGAGCUUAAGAUUAAAUUAAGCACCUUCAAAUUUAGUGGUAUCAGAGCUUAGGUUGAAAUUAAGAGCUUAAGUUUAAAUUAAGAGUUUUGGAUUAAAUUAAGCACCUUCAGAUUGAGUGGCAUUAGAGCAGAUUGAGUGAUAUCCGAGCCUAGAUUUAAUUGAAUACCUAGGAUUUGUUUUGGACUUGGCUAGCUAGUGGAUUUUAGACCCAUGGUGAGACGAGUGAUGGGGUUAUAUAAGGGAUGAUUCUGAUUCGUGUUGCCUAAAUUUGCUAAUCCAUUUCGAUGAGAUGGUGAUCUGAUUGUUCUUGUUUCUUGCCUUCAUACUCUGUGUGAAGUUGUGAAAGUAAUCUUGCCCGUUAUGUCCUGAAGACCUUGUUUUGAAACUUGGUCAUUUUCUGAUAGUCCGCACUUGUUUAGGCUUGUUACGUGAAUAGAAUUUUUGUGUGCUCUUUUGCCACCAUUGUAAACUCUGGGGAGUUGCAGAGAUCUUUUGUCAGUGAUCUUGUUAGUCUCUACCACAGUUGGUUGAGAAAUUGCUCUGAUUGUCAUAUGACCAGUGGAAGAUGGGCAACCCUCUACCUUGUAAGAGAUUCAAGGCUAUUUUAGCCAAUGUUGUGUGUUUUUCUAGAUGCGUUUUAGGAGCUGGAUUACUUGGUAAUUCCGUUGCUCCUUAUCUUCUGAAAGUCUUAUAGUGAAGUUUCACUUUUUCCAUUUGAAGCUUCAUGGUCUUUUCAUGUGGCUCAUUUUUCUAUAUUGGUUAAUCAAGAAUAGUGAUCGAU